AUGGAAAACGUCCGCUUUGAGACUCAAUUAACGAUUCUUCAAGUCGACGGACUUUGGAAACAAGGACUAUUACGGUCUAUGAAACCGUAUUUGCUAAUUAAUGUUGAUGACGGUCAACUCAUUAAAACACACUACGCAAGUGGCACAUUCCGAUUAACAUGGGGAUUCAAUUACAAGUUAGUGGUGAAUCCGAAAAGCAUCGUCUUAUUUCAGCUGUUUGAUCAAAAGCGGGUGAACGAAGAUUCUGAUGGAUUCAUUGGUCUAGGAGCUGUGACAAUUGACUCAAUUAUGCCUUUUUAUUGCUCUAAAGAUGAAUUUAGAACUCACGUUACUUUACAGUCUUCCAGUGGUUCGUAUUGUGGGUCUGUGUAUUGCCAAUUCAAACGACGCAAGCUAUCGCCUGAAGAAAUUCCAAACGAUAAGUCUCAGACAAAUAUUGCUGUAUUUAGCGACAAUGAAUCAAACACAUGGGAAACUCGCAUUGAUGAUUUUGGACACAUGUAUUAUUAUCCAAGCCCACCACUUUCUGUACCUCCUUCUAUAACUCUUGAAAAAUUGCAUACACUAAACGAUGAACAACUACAGAGGGAUUUUUCAGGAUUUUUAUUUCCUGAAAAUUUGAAGCUCAAAAUCAACUUAGACCCAAAUAUUAUAAGGCGUCUGCUUGAAAAUUACCAAGUUGCUCAAUUCGUGCGUCAACAAGUGGCUGUUGAGAAGGGACCUUUGCCGUCUGGCUGGGAAAUGCGUCUAAGCGAAGAUUAUCAUAUUUAUUUCGUUGAUCAUACUACAAAAACCACAACUUGGACUGAUCCAAGAGAAUCUUUGUUGCCAGGAAAGCCAAUUGAAAAGUCUCAAAGCCUAAAUGAGUCGUACCUUCGAAAACUUCAAUAUAUGUAUGAAAGGCCAGAAAUGGCUGUCAAUAACACUCAAUUACAAUUGAGAGUUAGUCGUGCUACUGCCUUGGAAGAUGCGUACGAUAUAAUAAUGAAAUUGUCAAUCCAGGACAUGCGAAAGCGACUUCUUGUACGGUUUCGAAAUGAAGAUGGUUUGGAUUACGGCGGUGUUUCUCGAGAAUUUUUCUAUAUUUUGUCUCAUGCUCUCUUCGAUCCUUCUUAUUCCCUAUUUGAAUACGCAACACCAGAUAAUUACGGAUUACAAAUUAGUCCUUCCUCCUAUUUUAAUCCUGAGCAUUUAACCUAUUUUCGAUUUGUAGGUAGGAUAAUGGGAUUAGCUAUUUUCCAUCGCCGGUAUCUGGACGUCCAAUUUGUUCUUCCUUUUUAUAAACGUCUCCUUCAGAAGCCUUUGGUUAUGAAAGAUUUUAAAGACAUAGACGAAGUUUACUAUGAAAGCUUAAAAUGGAUGCUUGAGAAUGAAGUAGACGAUUCUUUAUGUCUAAAUUUUAGUUGCGAAGAAAAUAGACUAGGCGAUUCUGUCACAAUCGAUUUAAAACCGAAUGGUCGAAAUUUGCCUGUUAAUGAUGAAAAUAAAGAAGAAUAUAUUCAACUUCUUACAAACUACAAACUUGUUCGUUCAACUCAAUUGCAAUUUGAGGCUUUGAAAGGUGGGUUAAAUGAGUUAAUACCUGAUAGUAUAUUAUUCCUUUUUAAUGAAAAUGAGCUUGAUAUACUAUUGAACGGUAAACGCGAUAUUGAUGUUGAAGAUUGGAAACGCUAUACAGAUUACAGAGCAUACACAGAAACUGAUAGAAUAGCCAUUUGGUUUUGGGAGAUUGUAAGCAAUUGGCCAACUGAUAAAAAGGAAAAACUUUUGCAAUUUUCUACCGGUACUUCUCGUUUGCCCUUGGGUGGAUUUAAAGAUUUACAUGGCAGCGAUGGACCAAGAAAGUUUACUCUUGAAAACGUUGGCUCCGUCUUUCAACUUCCGAAAGCUCAUACAUGUUUCAACCGGUUAGAUAUACCUCCCUACGAGUCCAAGGAGGAGUUGGAACACAAGCUCACAAUUGCUAUCGAAGAAACAGCUGGUUUUGGAACUGAAUAA